GGCUGGAUGGACUUUAGCAUCAAGAAGAGUCCUCUUUCUGUUCAGAAAGUUGUAAAGUGCGUCAAGAUGAAGCAGGCUCCUGAACUCCUUGGGAGCACAAAUGGGAAGCCUCAGAACUGUGAAGUGAAUCGUGAAUGUUCUGUGUUCCUCAGCAAAGCCCAGCUCUCGGGCACCUUGCAGGAGGGGGUCAUGCAGAAGUUUAAUGGCCACGACGCACUUCCAUUUAUCCCAGCCGAGCAGUUGAAAGAUCUGACUUCUCGUGUUUUUAAUGGAGAGCCUGGUGCUCAUGAUGCCAGAUUGCGCUUCGAGUCCCAGGAAAUGAAAGGACUUGGGACGCCACCUAACACUACUCCUAUUAAAAAUGGCUCUCCAGAAAUUAAGCUGAAAAUCACCAAAACAUACAUGAACGGGAAACCUCUCUUUGAAUCUUCCAUUUGUGGUGACAGUGCAGCUGAUGUGUCCCAGUCGGAAGAAAAUGGACAAAAACAAGAAAACAAGGCAAGAAGAAGCAGAAAGAGAAGCAUCAAGUAUGACUCUUUCCUGGAGCAGGGCCUUGUGGAAGCAGCUCUUGUGUCCAAGAUCUCGAGUCCCACAGACAGAAAGGUUCCAACCAAGAAAGAGUCCUGUCCAAAUAUCAGCAGAGACAAAGACCAUCUGCUGAAAUACAAUAUUGGAGAUUUGGUGUGGUCCAAAGUGUCAGGUUACCCCUGGUGGCCAUGCAUGGUGUCUGCCGACCCGCUUCUUCACACCUGUACCAAACUGAAAGGUCAGAAGAAGAGUGCACGUCAGUAUCAUGUCCAGUUCUUUGGUGAUGCCCCAGAGAGAGCUUGGAUAUUUGAGAAGAGCCUUGUAGCUUUUGAAGGAGAAGGACAGUUUGAACAGUUGUGCCAAGAAAGUGCCAAACAGGCACCUACGAAAGCUGACAAGAUUAAGCUGUUAAAACCUAUUUCUGGGAAAUUGAGGGCCCAGUGGGAAAUGGGUAUCGUUCAAGCAAAAGAGGCUGCAGGCAUGUCAGUAGAGGAGCGGAAAGCCAAGUUCACCUUCAUCUAUGUGGGGGACCAGCUUCAUCUUAACCCUUGCGUAGCUAGGGAGGCAGGCAUUGCUGCAGAGUCCCCAGGAGUGGUCGAGGCAUCAGGUGUCGCUGAAGAAGCUGCUGACAACCUUGAGUCUGUGAAGGAAGAGGGUGUUCCCGUCAAGAGAAGACGGCGAGCCAAGCUGCCCGGCUCUGCCGAAGGCCAGGAGAGCUCUCCCGGGACAGCAAGCACCACUCCUCAGAAGACAGCAGAGACAGACCCCAGAAGAGGAGUGGGGUCUCCCCCCGGGAGAAAGAAGGCUGCAGCCUGCACCCCGCGAAGCAGGAAAGGCGACACAGUGGCCCAGUUCUUGGUCUUCUGUCAGAAGCACAGGGAUGAGGUUGUCUCCGAGCAUCCUGACGCUUCCGGAGAGGAGAUUGAAGAGCUGCUUGGCUCCCAGUGGGACAUGCUCAACGCCAAACAGAAAGCACGUUAUAACACAAAGUUUGCCCUGGUGACCUCUCCCCAGGCUGAAGAAGACGCUGGUAACUUAAAUGGAAAAAAGAGAAACCACACAAAGAGGACACAGGACCCUACAGAUGACUUUGAUGUUGAGGAAGCACCCAGGAAGAGACUCAGGAUGGACAAGCACGGUCUUCGGAAGAGAGAGACGUUCACUGACAAAACAGCCAGAACAAACUUUUCUAAGGCCACAGAGGCAGCCUCCUCACUGAAGAGCCAGGCAGCAACGAAAAAUCUGUCCGAUGCGUGCAAACCACUGAAGAAGCGGAAUCGAGCUCCCACGGCAGCACCUUCAACUCUCGGGUUUAGCAAAAGUUCAUCUCCUUCCACAUCCUUAACUGAGAAUGAGGUCUCGGACGGCCCCGGAGACGAGCCCUCAGAGUCCCCGGAUGAGAGUGCAGAUGAGACACAGACUGAAGUGUCUGUCUCAUCUAAGAAGUCGGAGCGAGGCCUGGCAGCCAAAAAGGAGUGUGUGUGCCAGCUGUGUGAGAAGACCGGCAGCCUCUUGCUGUGCGAAGGCCCCUGCUGUGGAGCUUUCCACCUCUCCUGCCUCGGGCUUUCCCGGAGACCAGAAGGGAGAUUCACCUGCAGUGAAUGUACUUCAGGGAUGCACUCGUGUUUCGUGUGUAAGGAGAACAAGACAGAUGUUAAGCGCUGUGUUGUGUCUCAGUGUGGAAAAUUUUACCAUGAAGCUUGUGUGAGAAAAUACCCUCUUACUGUGUUUGAAAGUCGGGGCUUUCGUUGUCCUCUCCACAGUUGUGUGACCUGUCAUGUUUCAAACCCUUCAAAUCCAAGACCAUCAAAAGGUAAAAUGAUGCGCUGUGUCCGCUGCCCUGUUGCCUACCACGGAGGAGAUGCUUGCUUAGCAGCGGGAUGUUCGGUGAUUGCGUCCAACAGCAUUAUCUGCACGGGUCACUUCACUGCCCGGAAGGGGAAGAGGCACCACACGCAUGUCAACGUGAGCUGGUGCUUCGUGUGCUCCAAAGGGGGGAGCCUUCUGUGCUGCGAGUCCUGCCCGGCAGCCUUCCACCCUGAUUGCCUGAACAUCGAGAUGCCUGACGGCAGCUGGUUCUGCAAUGACUGCCGGGUUGGCAAGAAGCUACACUUCCAGGACAUCAUUUGGGUUAAACUUGGGAACUACAGAUGGUGGCCGGCAGAAGUUUGCCAUCCCAAAAAUGUCCCCCCAAAUAUUCAGAAAAUGAAGCACGAGAUUGGAGAAUUUCCUGUGUUUUUCUUUGGGUCUAAAGAUUAUUACUGGACACAUCAGGCGCGAGUCUUCCCAUACAUGGAGGGCGAUCGGGGCAGCAGAUACCAAGGAGUUAAAGGAAUUGGAAAAGUCUUCAAAAACGCGCUGCAGGAAGCUGAAGCUCGCUUUCGAGAAAUCAGACUCCAGAGGGAAGCCCGAGAGACCCAGGAGAAUGAGCGCAAACCCCCUCCUUACAAGCACAUUAAGGUGAAUAAGCCGUACGGGAGAGUUCAGAUCUACACAGCUGAUAUUUCUGAAAUUCCUAAGUGCAACUGUAAGCCCACCGAUGAAAACCCAUGUGGCUUUGAUUCAGAGUGUUUGAACAGGAUGUUGAUGUUCGAGUGCCACCCCCAGGUGUGCCCUGCGGGCGAGUACUGUCAGAACCAGUGCUUCACCAAGCGCCAGUACCCUGAGACCAAGAUCAUUAAGACUGAGGGCAAAGGCUGGGGCCUGGUCGCCAAGAGGGACAUCAAAAAGGGAGAAUUUGUGAAUGAGUAUGUCGGCGAGCUGAUCGACGAAGAGGAGUGCAUGGCGAGAAUUAAAUACGCACACGAGAAUGACAUCACUCACUUCUACAUGCUCACGAUAGACAAGGACCGCAUAAUCGACGCUGGCCCCAAAGGAAACUACUCCCGAUUCAUGAACCACAGUUGCCAGCCCAACUGCGAGACCCUCAAGUGGACGGUGAACGGUGACACGCGAGUCGGCCUGUUUGCCGUGUGUGACAUACCUGCAGGGACGGAGCUGACCUUUAAUUACAACCUCGACUGUUUGGGCAAUGAGAAGACCGUCUGUCGGUGUGGAGCCUCCAACUGUAGUGGAUUCCUGGGCGAUCGGCCAAAGACCUCCGCGUCCCUGUCUUCAGAUGAGAAGGGCAAAAAGAUGAAGAAGAAAGCCAGAAGGCGUCGGACAAAGGGCGACGGCAAGAAGGUGUCCGAGGAUGAGUGCUUCCGCUGCGGUGACGGGGGCCAGCUGGUGCUGUGUGACCGCAAGUUCUGCACCAAGGCCUACCACCUCUCGUGCCUCGGGCUGGGCAAGCGGCCCUUUGGAAAGUGGGAAUGUCCUUGGCACCAUUGUGACGUGUGUGGCAAACCUUCUACUUCGUUUUGCCACUUUUGUCCCAAUUCUUUUUGCAAGGACCACCAUGAUGGGGCGGCCUUCAGCUCCACGCAGGACGGACGGCUCUACUGCUCGGAGCAUGACGGGGGUGCUGAGUCGGUCAGAGGCGCCAAGACUGAGAGAGUCUGCCCGGCACCGAUCCAGUGGAAAGGAAAGAGGAAGAGGCGGCGGGGUUGGCGGAGGGUCACCGAGGGCAAAUAG